CCGUAUAUAUUUCUGUCUGUUCCUGUCAGUCUGUCGUUAUCUCUCCGCCUAGUCAUUGAGGAGGGAGAGUUUUGGGUCGGCUGCGCUUUCAUUUCUUUCCUGGGCAAACUUUAUUGCCGCUAGAGGUUUAGCUUCACUUUUUCGAGGGGGGGAAACGGGGAUUAAAAAAAAAACAGAAAAAGGGGGUAAAAAUAAAAAAGCAGAAUAAGAAGCAAAUAAUAACAAUAACACAACCUUUAAUGGUUAAUAAUAUACGUUAAUACAUGCCUACAUGUAUACAAAGAUAUAACGCAUACUAACAGACGUAUAUAUUAUACAUAACAUAUAUAAUAUGCGGCAUACAAACAUAUGUACAAACGUAGUGUUGGUUUCUUUCUUCACUAAGCCGUGAAGUCAAGACUGGGACAAUUUCCACCGGUGCAGAAAGUCCCAGCUUUUCAAACAGAUCAACACUACACACACGUACAUACCUCUGUUACACACCUACCCGAACGAACACGGAGCACUCUUAAAAAGAAAUAAUACGUCCUUAAUAAGAACAAACAACAAAGCGAAAACAAAACGAAAAAAAUGUAUUCGUUGUUGUUGGUCAUUUGUUUGCUGGAUAUCACAGCUGGAAUCUGUCCAAGCAACCAGAGCAAUUUAAAUGGUUCUUCCUGUUGUCAACUCUGUGAACCCGGUUCAGGUGUCGUCGGUAAUUGUACUCGCAACCAGGACACAGUCUGUGCACCGUGUCAAGCUGAGAAGACAUUUUCAUCACAGGCUAGUUCAACAGAAGAAUGCAAGCUCUGUUCAACGUGUCCCGAGCACACUUACAUUAAAAAAGUUUGCAACGUCACCCAUGAUACACAGUGUGAAUGUUCGACCGGUUUUUUUUACUCAACAGAACUGCAAGCUUGUAUGUUAUGUACUCUAUGUCCGGUAGGCUGGGGUGCCGUGCGACCCUGCAGCCCAACGGAAAAUAGUUGGUGCCAACGAUGUCCCAAUAAUACAUAUUCCCACUUGAUCAGUGGAACUAUCGGUUGUGUGAAAUGUCGCACAUGUGCCAGGGACCAAAUCAUGAUACAGCCUUGUACUGACACUCAAGAUACGGUCUGUAUAGCUGGCAAAGGUUAUGCAAGCCGUUAUGAAGAAACGCGCAUUGAUGUAAUUCCAAUUUAUUGUGCCCUGCUUGGUGCAGUUGUAUGUGGCCUAUGUGGCUUUGCAAUUUAUAAACACUGCCAACGUCAGCGUAACAAAAGGCUUGGUGCUAGAGACAAUGCUAUGCAUGAAGAUGUGGAAUAUUCUAAAGCUUCUGGAAGAGAUAGUGGUAUUGUCUAUGAUGACUCAGGCAUUAAAACAUGCUACAACCAGAAGCAGAUGGCACCUUUAAAAGUCCAGAACAAUAAGGAGUCUUUAAUACCUGGCUUGCUGUCAGAAAUUUCAUUGUCACCUGUGAAUCCUCAAACUGUGAAUAAUGGAGAAUGCCGUCACCAUCCAAGCAAUGGACAUCAACCAAAUUGGAAUAACCAAUGCCAGAAAUAUCACAUGCAGAUGUCUUAAUCAUUACUGAUUACAGUCAUAUGAAAUAUAUAUAAUACCUACAUAGAUUAUUAUUGUUAUUAUUAUAAUUAUUAUUCCAGUCAAGAGAAAAGUACAGACAUAUAUGUAUUCAUAUAUAGAUUCAUAUAUGUUUAAUAUGUGUGUAUGCAUGUGCUUAUGACUGUGUAAGAGAGAGAGAGUGUGUGUGUGUGUGUGUGUGCACGCACGUACAUGUAUGUGUUUGUGUGUGUGUGUAUAUAUAUAUAUAUAUAUAUAUAUAUUCACACACAAACACACACUUAUAGAUAUAUACAUACGUUAUAUAUAUAAGAAUGGCUGUGCUUCACAACCAAGUAGUUGUGGGUUCAAUCCAACUGCAUGGUUUACUACAGCCUCGAGUUGACUAACGCUUUAAGAGGCGAAUUUAGUUGAAGGCUGCUAUAUACGUACAUAUGAUAUAUAUAUAUAUAUAUAUAUAUAUGUUUACGUAUAUAGGUAUGUGUAUAUGUGUGUGUAUGUAUGUAUGCAUGCAUGGGUGUGUAUGUGCAUAUUAUACAGCGGUCUAAAACCCGGUGUUGUCUGAGUUAUAUCCCUUUAUUACCAGUAACUUAGCAAUCAACAAGAAACAAAAUUUGACAUAAAGAGCAGAAAGAAAAACAAGUACUGGGCUUUUUAUGAUUCACAAAAACCUUUGAAGAUGGUGUCCUAGUAUGGAGUCCAGAGACUGAAAUCAAUAAGUAUCUGGACUGUUGCUAUAGUAACAAAGCUAAAGCAUGGAGAGUGAAGCGGCUUGGCACAGAUUGACCUUGAACUCUGUUGUGCAUGUGCACUAAGUUUUAAUGUUCUAGCUUACUUCUGCUGUUUACAGCAGUGCUUGUAAGGAACGUGUAUAGCAUGUGAUCAUUACGUUGACUGUAACAGAAACAGUUGAGCAGAGAAUCUGUAUCAAAUUUUGCCAAAAGCUUGGUGAUACCUGCUCAGAAGCCUACAUGAAGUUUUCAAAAAGUUUUCAUUGUUCUUGACACAAUCAAGGAGAUCUUGUGCAUGCAUAUCUGUGAUGUUUUUCUCAGUUCUGCUGGUUGCUGGUCUCCCAGAAUGUUCGACAAUAUUGAAAUUUUUUCGGCUGUCUUGGAAGUAUCUGAACCAGUUGUGUGCAGCUCAUACACUCCUCUCCAUACACUAUCUGAAACUUUGUGCAGGCCUCUGAGGAGGUAUUGCCAUGACAACUUUAUCAUGGUCAAUGUGAUGAUCACAUGUUACACACCUUCCUUCCAAGCACUGCUGAAAACAGCAUAAGGGAGCAGACACAUUGAAACUUAGAGCGCAUGCCAGGCAGCUUCACUCAGCAUGUUUUAACUUCAUUACUAUGGCAACAGUCCGGAUACUUAUUGAUCAGAUCUCAUAUAUAUAUAUAUAUAUAUAUAUAAAGUGCUCCAAACAAAAAAUGAAGCAGAAUUACAACAAAAAUAUUUAGCACAUAGGGUUUCUUAGAUUCGUAGCUGAUGAACUCUGACAGAAAGAAGUGUCAGCCAGAUUUCAAGCAAAAAUAUGCAAGGAUAGGAAAGAUUGAAACACUGAGGAGCAGAAUUGAAUCCCUAUAUCUAUAUCUAUAUGUCUAUACCUAUACCUAUAUAUCCAUACACACACACAUACACACUACACACCUACAUACACACACGGCAAGGUGUGAGUGUUUCUAAGGAGCCUUAAAAUCACUGUCAUUCUGUCUGAAAACUCAAUAGAGAUGUAGAGUCUAACUAUUUCAUUCAAAUGAAAUGUAUGGUAACACUGUCAUUUCCAAGUCUUAAUGAGGAAAAUUAGUUGGUGCCAGUAAAAAUGAAGAGUCAU